GUGUGCGCCUCUUGCUGAGUACGGACGUGUCGCGAAUGCUCUGACGACGUGAGUGUUUCCCCAACGAGACGACCGACCAUUCCAAGUCAACCCGACAACGAAGAAAGAAAAAGUGUUUGAAAAAUAUUCUGUGUUGUAAACUUGUUGCUAAUACAAAAUUGCUAACUAAUCGGUCCGUUUGUUAUUAAACACAAUUCGAUACGUCAAUAAUCAAUCCGAGUGAAUAGAAAAAUAUUGAAAAAAAUUCCUAAUAGCUUUGCUAUGAUGGCAAACAAAUGAAAGAUGCCCACAGAAAAAAUGUAUAAUUAAUGCGAUAAUACAAAAAAGUUGUUUUUUUUUUGAUACCAUAAAAAGCAGCAGAUGAAAUAGAGAAUGAGAGAUGACUUUUUAUAGUAUCCAACAACGAGUCCAAAGGAGAGCAAAGAGAAACAGGCAUGUGAAUUUCAUUCAUUCGUAUAACCACUAAACGUUACAAACGUAAUAUCUCUCAGUGAAACGCGUACUAUUUUGGAAUACCAACAGACAUACAUAGUUACAUACACAUUCGAAUGCAUGGAGGCCUUUAUGAGAACAACAAAUCGAUUAGCACCUCGAUGAUUACCUAUGGAUGAAGAGUUUUGCUCCACCAUCGUCAACUGAAGCGAUAAUUCCGAUACACCUCCAAUCGUUAUUUGCAGCAACAGCAACACGAAAGUGAAAAAUAAAAUAAACCGUUGAAAGGAGUCAACGACAAUGGUGCUCUUCAGUGGUCAUCGUUCUCACAGAAUUUGCUUUUGUUGUUGGCUGAUGAUAUUGCUGACGCUCAAUGGAUAUGCGGGAUUGGUAUCAGCAGCGACGUCUGUAGAUCCUCCUGGAAAAGUGGAACCGAAAACGCUGUCCCUGCUAAUUGGAUCAAAUGGGACGAUAACAUGUCGUCUGUCCGAACCCAAAAGUUCCGAAAUAUGGUUUUACAAGGAGAAUUCUGAACGUGGAAUUUAUCAACCUUCUGACGAAAUACAGAUAAUAGAUCAAUAUACGGCUGCAUUAAUAAUACAGAAUGCUACAGAACAAAAAAGUUGGUAUCAGUGCAUGGUGGACAAGCAGGGCAUUGGAUUAUCCCAACUUCAUGUUGGAAAAUCGCCACAAAAUGUUACAGAUUUUUCCUGCAUAGUCUAUGAUUACGAAUAUAUGCAAUGCAGUUUUACGAGACCAGAGAACAUGCUCAUGACCGAGUAUGAACUGGAGUACAGAUUUGCUAAUGAUAACUCCAAACACAAAUGCAAACUUUCCGAAGACCCGGAACAGUUUCAAAAAUUGCACUGCAACAUCACAAAUUACCUACCAAUUAGAGACAAAUACCUUUUCACUUUGAUUGGCAAUAAUGCUGGCGGCAGAAAGGCCCAAAAAUUUGUUAUCAAUAAUCACAAAAUAGUAAUACCAUCACCACUAGAACUGCGUGUACAGAACAUCACGAGUAACAGUGCUACGCUUACAUGGGAAAAAAUCAAAUUCAGCUACUAUCGCAAGGGUUUAUUAUAUGAAAUUAGAAUUCCCGAAGCCAACUGGAUACGAACUGGCACAAUGGUACACCCCGAAGACUCCGUUAUCGUUAAUAAUUUGUAUUCGUACUGGACAUACCACGUAGAGAUUCGUGUGAAAUCUAAGAUUGUCGAUGCACAGAAUGACCGGUUCUGGAGUAAAACAUCCACGCGAACUUUUAGCACCAAAACAAAACGGCCCGACAAGGCUCCCGAUACACCAUGCGGAAGUUUUUACAUCGACAGCACUGAGACACAGCUGCGCCUCUACUGGGGUCAUCUGCCCGAGUUCGAACAUUGCGGCCCUGGCUUUCAUUAUCUAGUCAAUGAAAUCGAUUCAGAUGGUCUUGUAAUACAAAGUACAGUUGUUAAUGACACCACCUUGUCUUUGCCCUGGAAAAAUGUAAGCAUGCAGCGUUUCAGCAUCAGGUCGGCCAACGAUAUUGGUCCGAGUGUUGAGGACAACGUCAUCAAUGUCUAUCGCAGCGGCAGCCCUCAGUAUGAGCUAAACGAGAACAAUAUUGCCAAAGUUUAUCACAACAGCAGCUAUACACUAUCCUGGUCUCCGCCGGCAAAUCUCAACGAAUUGGUCAACUACACAGUAUUUUGGUGUUUGCCGAAAAUUGAAUUACCAAAUCAAUGCAAGGGUCCCAUCUCCUACAAGUAUUUGGACAAGUACACAACCAACUUUACCACGGAGCCCAAAGAUCGCAGUUUAAAUUUGGCCAUAUCUGCCAAUUAUCCACACUACAAUAAAGGCAUGCAGUGGGCUCGCUGUUCAGCCGAAGUAUCCAGUGAACUUAUGAAAGUCGAACUGGAAGUUACAGCUAUUAACGAUAGUUCCGUGUUGGUGAAAUGGAACUCGGGCAGCGUGUGUUCUUCAAUCCUGAAAGGUUACAAUUUGACAUAUUGUCAAGUUUCGGAUGAGAGAAAAUGUAUCAGCCCCCAACACACAAUUCAACUUUUCCGUGAAUACCGCAACUAUACCAUACAAAGGCUGUCCCCAUAUACCACAGUCUGCAUCACAAUGUUCAUGUUCUCGCCGAGCAAUCAGGGACCUGUCAGCGAAUACACAUGCGUGCGCACCAAAGCAAGCGCUCCAUCGCCACCAAAGAACGUUUUAGUAAAUCGGACAACAGUGACAAGUAAAUCGGCAAAAAUUGAAUGGAGUCCACCAGAUGUUCUCAAUGGCAUAUUGACUGGUUAUAAAGUAUAUUGGCGAAAAAAGACAUACAAACCAUUUGAAACCGCUACAAUCGACAUUAAUCAAACCUCUUUCGAGCUGACAGGUCUUAGUAGUUUCUCUGACUAUGAAGUCUACGUCACAGCACAUACAGUCGAAGAGUCGGAACCCAGCAGAUCAGUUUUUAUACAAACAUUAAUCGGAAUUCCAUCCAGCCCCCGAAAUAUCAGUAUUUCGGACUACGAGCCCGUUAUCCAUUGGGAACAGCCCGAUGUGCCAUCUGGUCAACAUGUAUUCUAUGUUGUGGCGUUGAUACAUCGCUAUACUGAAAAUGAGUCUGUUUAUGAACGUGUUUCGGUCGUAAGGGGACGCAGUUGCCGGUUCCAAGUGCCAGAGUGCACGUCAUCUAAAAUGUCUUACGCCCUGGAAGUGCGAGCCGUCAAUGUCGGCAAACAAAACGAAAUUGAUAGGGAAAUAAAAUCAAUGAACAAAGACGUAAUAUUAGCUGGGGCCAAAAUUGAUCCAAGCUUUUGUAAGCCAGACAGUGAAAAGGAGAAUUACAAUUAUGAGUUGCUGGUCGAGGGAGACACAAGGUCAUACUUUGCGUCUCCCUGGAUAGAUGCUCGGCACUCGUAUUACUGCUCGCCCGACACAAAGGCUUCGCUAUAUGCAGUAGCCUUUGUUAUUUUAAUUGCUUUUGCAACUUACCUUUGUUAUUGGGUACGCAACAAAUACUACAAAAUGAAAAAUAUUAAGGUUAUUUUACCAGAGGGUCUAGUGGAUCAAGAGUCCAAUUACAAAUUGGCCGGAAGUACCCUUCCCAAAAACUGCGCUCUGGAUCCAGGUGCAAAGAAAGAAUUUCACUCGGAUAUUUCGCGUAGUAAUGAUUGUCUCGUUGCAUUCGAGCACAAGGACAACCUCAACUUAAUUUCAAAUUUCCAUAAUCGGUCACCAAAUCCCUUGUCAUCGCUCUCAUCGUCGAGCAGUUCAAAGGAUCAUCACAACGAUGACAACAUGGGCGAGCAUCCAUCCCUUGAAACCACAAACGAAGAACUAAGCUCUAAUUCAAGUGCUAGUUCGCAUUCCAAUUUGAACUAUCAUAGUCAUCAUCAAAUACCAAAACUGUCAGAGAUUGAUAGCAAAAAUACAACAUUGGACGUUGCCUCAGUGGAACAACUGCAAGAUGAAAUGAAUAGCGACGAGAUCGAAUAUAAUGACGAAGACAUUGAGCCCACCUUAAACAAUAGUGGUUAUGUAACGCACAACACCCAGCUGUUGGCUUCUCUUCUGAAUACAGCGGAAAGACCAGUUCCACCAUCAUUUCACACACCAUUUCCAGCCAUGACCACCGACGGUUACAUUCAGCCGAGUGCUGCAAAACAAUUGUUUCAACCUCAAAUACAUCAUCCACCUCCACCAACAUCACAAAAUGGUUACACAUGCAUAGAAGCACUUAGCAAGAUGACCACUAUGCCUGACAAUGGAACGGUACAAAAUGUGACGUCGCCCACCAACACUGCAUUGCCGCAUUCGCAGAAUUUUCCAACAAACAGUGGGCCAGCACAAACAUCACCAGUCAUCACAGAUCUGGAGGACAUAGACCUUCGUAGCAAAGACAUACGCUCGCCAAAUGCAGCAACUGCAGGAACAGCGGUUCUCCAACAACCAAAUAAUAACAACAAUACCAUUUACGGUUAUGUAACACAACAACAAUUGGCGAACUUUGGCACCAACGUUGCACUGGCGAAGGAAUUAAAUACUUAAUUUCAUUGGACACAAUGUCCUACUACGGUCCAAGUCAUAGGUCAUGCUCCUCGCUAGGAUAGGAGCAAGUAAUGAAUGUGCGUUUUUGCAUAGGCAACAACUUAUCUAACUUCUCGAAUUUGAAAUUCAUUGUGCUAGUUACCUGUCGAUUCAAGACAAUUUGUUGUUAUUAUUAAAUUGACUGUUUAAACAAUUGUUGUUUCAUCCUAUUAUCCUUAGAUAUAAUAUUUAAACAAAAAUUCAUAUUGACUUUUUUAGGUGUUAUCCCAGAAUAAGAAAAGUCCUUCGACGCAUGAUACAAUCAGUUACAAGGAAUGCCUAGUAAUCACCUGCUGAAUACAAGGUGUACUUCUGUUGGAACACAUACGUAGUUUUUGUAUGUGAAUGUAUUGUUUCGAAUAAUAUGGGAAUUUAAUUUUAAUGUUUAUACCCUACAACACUAUGUGUUGGGGGUAUUAUAAGUUUGAUUGGGCCAGAAUUUAUGUAACACCUCGAAAUAUUGGUUUCCCAUAUAGGAAAGUAUAUAUGGAUCUUCCUAGCUCGCCGAGCUGAGUCGAUCUAGCUAUGUAUGUCCGUCCGUCCGUCUGUCCGUCUGUCCAUGUUAAUUUGUAAUCACUCUACAGGUCGCAAUUAUGGUCCGAUCUUCACGAAAUUUAGAAUGGAGGUGGGGUUAGGGUCAGAAUAGAAGCCUAUUUCUUUUGGAGAUGAUCGCUAAAUGUUUAGGGGUUGAAAUGGACCAAAUACUGAAAAAAUAUCGGAUUUUGCAAUAGCUAUACAGGUCGCAAUUAUAGACCAAUCGACGCUAGAAUUUAGGGCGGGUAAGAAGCCUACCAAUUUCGGUGGUCAUCGGAUAAUAUUUAGCGGGUAAAAUAGACCAUAUCUUUUGUGUUGAAAAAAUUCAACAUUUUUCAUUAAACCGGGAAUAUUUUAAAUCCCGGCGAAAUCACGAAGCCAUGACAAGGUUACUUCUGACCUUUACAUUGAUGUUAACAUCCAUCAAAUCGGAUAUAUUGCAAAAUAUGUGCGAUAUAUAUGUCUAUCAAAGAAGAUAUGCUUGAAAGAUCUCUUAUAUGUCGAGAACGGCUGAACUGAUUUCGACAGUUCUCAUUAAUUCAGAAUGGCCUCUUGGCAGGAAACAUAAAACGUCUAAAAAAUCGCAUAAAAAUAUCUUUCUAAAGAUGAAAAUAUUGAUUUUGUAAAAUUUUCUCAUAUUUUUUCAAUUUUGUCAUAUUUUUGGCAUAUUUUCAUUUUGAAUUAAACAUUUGGUAAUAUUUCUACAGCUAACAAAACUAAGUAGUUAGGAUAUCAGGAUAUCAUAUACAGAUCGCAUUUAUGACCAGAUCCUUACGAAAUUUUGCGUGGGUAUAAGAUGAAGGUCAGAAUUGAAGCCUAUUCUUUUUUGGAGAUGAUCGCAAUAUAUCUAGGGGUUGAAAUGGACCAAAAAACUGCAAAAUUGUCAGCAGGUAGUAAUUAUCUCCCGAUCCUCACGCAAAUUUGAAUUGGGGUUACCGGACAUUGCAAAAGCCAAGCAGUUUUGGAUGGCCAUCCAAAAAUAUUCAAUGUGCGAAAUAGUUUGCCAACUUUUGUAGACAAAAUACGAAAAUGUCCAUUCCAGUGUCUUUGUAGAAUUCACAAAUACAGGAAAGAAGCACUUCUGACUAUUUCGUUAACGCUGAUUUCGUGGAAGAAUAUAGUCAAAUGUCUGUAUCUCAUAUAGAUGCGUUUCAGUCAAAAACCAAUAAUAAAUAUUAAUCUUUUGCCACUUCUGAGAGAUUAUAGGUCUUUGGGAAAUAUUGGUUCCAGAUCUAAGAAGACCAUUUACGUACAACAUCUACCAAUAAAUUGGAAAUGAGGAAAUUCGUUUAAGUUGCAAUUAAUCGAAAAUUAGAGGACGAAACCUGAUGGUUUCUUUUUUAUUUGUCACAAUAUUUUGUGGAAUUCUUUCGAGUAUCUCGCCUAUAUAAACUGUAUGGUUUAUUAUAGUGUUGUAGGGUAUUCAACGGUCGGCCCCGCUCGACUGUAGCCUUUGCUUACUUGUUUUAAGAUCUAUUCAGUUUAAAAUUCGUUUUUUUUUUUGGAAAUACUUGUUUUAGUUUUGAAAUAUAACAAUAUUACGAACCCGUUAUUGUGAAAAUCCCCUGAUGUUCCCUUCGUUUUCGUGAUUUUGCCCUAAAUUAAAAAAGUGUCAUAUAAACAAAAUAAAUUGUUACUUUUGUUGUGAGGAUUGUUGGGAUUAGCAUGACUCUGUUUUCAACCUGUCCUAUUUUGUAUAUGCUUGUAUCAUGCUUCGAUCCAUUUGUGGCCAACAUAUACAUAUAUUUUUUGAUUAAUAAGUAAAUAUUGUGUACAUAACAUAGAAAUAUAUCGUAUUAAGGAUAGGGCACUAUAUUUUAUAUGAUGUAUUUAUUUUUCAUUGAUUCUCACAAAUAAAUUUUCGGAGCACACAUACACCCACACACACACACCUUAAGCAGUCAAUAUCUAGUUCGAUACUCAUCACAACUUUGCCAUUAAUGUUAAUUGUUAAAAUAUUUUACGACACAAUAUAAUUGUGCUCAAUAUACAAAAAUUAUACAAAAUACAUAUAUCUAUAUAUACAACCAUGAAAAUAUGCACAUAGGAUUUAUUUAUAGUUAGAUUUACACACACACGUACAAUAUUUUAAGACAAUUCUUUUAAAAACUCGAUAUACAUGGGUUAGCAGUGACAUAGACCAUUGGCCAAGGUGGACCUGGGGCAAGAGCAAGUGUGCCGUUUAGAGUCUGCCAGGGGACCAUAAAGCCAAGCCCUUGAUAGGGUAAAUAUCGCUGCAUAACUUCAGCCUCACGAAAAUAUAGGCAAAUUGAAUGCCGCUCGUAAUAAUGAUUUCUAAAUUCAAAAAGUUCACAUCUUCGAAACUAUUGGCGUAUAUCUCGUCGGUGCAGGUGAUUUAUCAUGACAUAUUUUGUGCAUUUUCACCUAUUCCGGAUGCUUUGACAUGGCAUUUUCGUUUCUGCGACAUAUUUGAAAUAAAUAAGAAAAAGAGGAUCUUUAAAGUCACUAUAUUAGUACUGAUGACAGACAAAUGCCUCGGUAUCAAAGAAAUUACAAAAAAAAAAAAAUGGCCAAAUUAGUUGUUUUUUUACAAUUGAUUGAAAUAUAAACCAAUUUAAUUCAAUGCGUUAAACUAACAACGUAAAUAAGGAAAUGUGAAGGAGUCGAGAUGUUUUCGAUGAGAAGUUCAGUUGUUUCAAUAAAUAUGAGAAAUUAUGACAUCACAUGGAACCACUUUCAUUAAAUUUAGCAGGGUCUUUUAUAAGUGUUGAUCAAUGUCUUUUUUGUGCCACUCAACUUAAAAUAAUAAAGAUAUAAAUAUUUUUUUUUAGUUACUGUGAAAGCUAUUAAACAAAGUAUUUAUAUACAUAUAGAAGAGCAUGGGGAACAGUUGCCAAAUAUCUUUUGUUUUAAAAAAAUAUUGUUGCAGUUUUUAGCAUUUAAAAAAUUGUUCACCCUGCAAAUGUGUAAGAUGGAACACAAUUCAGUUUUUAAAACUACACUACUUUUACUGAUGCUCACAAGGGUGGGCACUGUGAAGUCAAAUUACAAGGGCUGGUAUGCCGUAAUAUAUUGAUCAACCAAAAUUUUUAAAGUGCGUUAAGGAUUGGCUGGAAUAUUGAUUCUGAAAAUGUUCUUUUAUGUUUCUCUACCUAU